AUAUUAUAAAGAGUUUACGGGACUAUGGAAAAUUUCGUUUCCGAAUCGCAUAUAUUUUAUUAUUACACAAAGACAACCGUAGAGCAUCUCAACAAACGAACAAAUAACAAACGCAUAAAUAUGUCGCAUAGUGUUUCAUUCGGAGUUCUGUCAAUAGCGAUAAAGCCAUCGGCACUCGUACCGGUAAGGAGCCUAAACUCAGAACAAGAAAGAAAUGGCGGUCGCCCGUUGAUCGUCAGCCCUCGGCCGCCGAGACGACCACUUAUUCGGACUAAACUCAGAAACAAAUAAUCAAACACGCCAUUUGUCCACUAGAUAGCGUUGUGGUUUACAAUUAUAUUGCUGUUAUCAAUCGCGACGUUUAUUUUGCCGCCAAAACCACGUCUGGCAAAUCAUAAAAGCAAAGCGAUCAUUUUCGUCGUUCAAUGGAUUGUUAAUCAGUCUAAACCGUGGUACCUAUGGUACUUGGUAAGUUGCUUUGUGCCAAAUUUUACUUUAAAAUUGCUUUCCAAAUUCAAACGAAAUGGACAGUAACGACGAAAACUUUAAUGCCUUGGCCCUGUUUCUCGAAACCGAAAUACCCGACGUCCAGGAAAGCGAUCCUAAAAGACCAGAUGACUGCGAAGGCGACAACAUACAAAAAGAGUCGCCCACAUCAGAGCCGAUGGCCAAAAUCGCCGAAAAACCUGAAAGUACCUUUAGUGACUUUUUCAAGUCAAUGAAAUCCAAAGUAGUCGAUUUGGAUGAAGAAGUGUCCAGAAGCGAUGUGCCUAAGAAAUCAACCAAUCCGAAAACCCCCAAAUUUGGUUUUGACCCAGCCGCCGAUCCCGUGUUCGGCUUGCGUAUGAUAAAUCCAUUGCUUUCGUCGCAAACAAUAAAAGAUAACAUGAGCACUAAAACACCAGUGCCUGUGAGCAGAGUAAAAAUGCAUGUCACUUCGGGCGAUAUCACUUCCGACUGGGUCGUUGCAGGCGUAUUAGUCAACAAAUCGUUACCCAAAACUUCUCAAAAAGGUUCUACUUUUAGCAUAUGGAAAAUAAGCGAUCUGAAGCCAGGGUUAAAUACUGUUACAAUAUUUUUGUUUGGGCGUUCACACGCUGAUUUAUGGAAAACCGAUGUGGGAUCAGUUGUAGGAAUACUAAAUCCCAAAGAAUUGGAUAGCAAAGACCGUAAAGAUGGUAUAACAUUGUCCAUCAAUAGUGGUGACCAGGUAAUGGUGUGGGGCAGGUCCAAAGAUUAUGGCACCUGUAAAGGAGUUAAGAAAAAUGGUGAAAAAUGUGAAAUGUUUGUCAACGUUAACGACUGUGAUGUUUGUACGUACCAUGUUAAAAGAGAGUACAUAAAACACUGUGGCCAAAGAGCAAAUCUUGGCAACUCUAGACCUACUGCUGCUCAUAGUUUGCGGGAUAAAGUUUUGGGUAAAAACGAAGUGUUUUAUGGUGGUCGAAGCUUUGCUUCGACUAAAGCCAAUCAUUCAAAGCUGAUGAGAGAAGAUCAAGCUAAACUUCAGAAGUUGACUCCUAAAAGUAAAUCAGCUUCACUCGCCCCAGCAGCCGCUUCAAGUACACCAUCUCAUACAACUGUAGCUAGUCGCCGAGCUUCAGCUAUUAAAGGAUUUGCUGAAAGUAUGAAAUCAAAUGAAUUAACUGGAUCGGGUAAAAAGAAUUUAGAUCACAAGGAAUCGCCGCAAAUGUGCACGUUUAAAGACUUGUUAGGCAGCAUUGCGAGUCCAAAUAAUUUUGGAACUCAACGUAAAAGGUGUGCCAAAGCUAAUGCUCUGAACUAUAUUAAAUCCAAAGGGCCAAUUGAAAAAGAAAAUCCUAAUUUAUUUGAAAAAAAUAAAGAAGGAAAGAAGAGAAAAUUACCCGAAGAUAUAGAUUUGGACUUGGGUAAUAUGAAAAAAAUUGCUAAAGAAGAAAAAGUUUCAUCGAGAUUUUUAGAAUUGAUGAAUGCCACUUCACAAAACCAAGAACUGAUUGAUAUUGCUCAGCAAGAAGCAGAGGACAAAUACUUUGAUCAAAUGGACAAAAAAGAGAGAUUGGAACAAAAAAUGAUGAACACUUAUAAAAUGCCGUGCAAGGCCGUACGUUGUUUGGUGUGCAAGUAUACUUGGUUUUCAGCAUCUGAAUGGUGUAAGGCUGAAAAGCACGCUUUACGUGUUACUGAUGGAACAAAACGAUUUUUUAAAUGUGGUGAUUGCAAUACUAGGACCAUUUGCCUGACUAUGUUUCCACUCAUUUCGUGUAAAAAUUGUAACGGUUCUAAGUGGGAGCGAGCCCCAAUGAUGGGGCACAAAAAGAUUGACGAAGUUGAAUUGAGUAUUCGCGGAGACGAGCAAAGCUUCCUCAACACGAUGCAGCCAAAAUUAAGUAUGGGACUAAUGGUACCAGAUGAAAAUUAAAAAUCUAAUGGAAAAAAAAAUUGUUCAAACAUUUAUAAUAAAAUUAAAUAAUCAACUGAUAAUCAUAUAGUUAUAUAAUUUAACAUACAAUAUAAAUAUUACUAUGAAAAAUAGGUAUUUAUGUCUUUUCUACCUUUAUACUUCAAAUUGACUAUGAUAGCAAAUUAAAAUGUAUUGCAUGU